UGUCAUUCUGCCUUCUGUUGGGAGGCCCCAUGCGGGGUAUCUAUACCUUGGGCAGGGAGGGUUGCGAGCACUUCUCGUUUUCGCUAGUGCCUAACAUCUUGGUUUCUUUCUGCAACGUCAAGCUUCGAGCCGGUCCCCGUUUCCCGUGGACCCGCACAACUAGGACACUAGAAACAUGGCCGGCCUAUACACCAUUCUCGACAAGCAACACCGCGACGUCUUGGACCGGGCCGUCCGAAACGUCCUCGGGACAGACCUGGCCCUGGAGACAUGUGCCCAGAUUGCGGACGGCCUGCCGCUGGCCAGGGUUGCCUGUGAUCGAUACAGACCCACGCGCUACGAGGACCACCCCAUCGCCGACCACACGUCGCUGUGUCCGGGUGCCGAGAGGGCUGCAUGGGAGUUCUUGUCCGAGUUCGCCCUUAGUAUGUUGAAUUUUGAUGACAAGUUGCUCCAGUCAUACCAGUCUAUGACACCCAGCCGUCGGGGAUUCUACUGUCGGCUCAUCGAACUCGUGACAGUUGCUGUUCACAAGAUCGCCGUCCUCCUAUUCAAGAAGCGUCUCCGGAUUCACGAUAAACAGCCCCAAAACGCAGCCUAUACCAUUAAGAUGGUGACGUCGUGGCAAUCGAAAGAGGAUAAAAACUUGAAGCUUCGACUCCACCCACCAGGUCGGACGAUGUUUGCGCACCUCUCGUAUGAUGCUAAACGGCAAUAUCCAAACGGCACCGCCGACAUGGUCGGGUACUGGGCCGAGAAUCGGAUCAUGGGUGGCGUGGUCGUCUUUGACCGAUCCCAGGUAUGGGCCAACGGGUAUAUGCCCGAGCCCAACGUGUAUCUCCACUCAGACCGAGCCGGAGUUACUAUCAGGGUUUGGCAACUGCUAGGCGAGCAACAAGAGGCCCUGGUCAACUUCCUCCUGUCCAUCGGCACUUGCCCCUUUCCGCUGUAUGCCUCCGAGAGGAACCUGGUGCGCUUCGACCCCGACAAAGCCACCUGGAACAAGGUGUACAGAGACAUUUGGGAGCGAGAACCACCACGCCACGUCCGAGGACGCGGCGGUGGAUUUAUGGGGUGUGUCCAGACGGAGCUGGACUACCCGAGGGUACGGGAAGCACGUCCGCGCUGGUAG